AAACCUGCUUAGAAAUUACAAACGUCCAAAUUUAAGGGCAAACGUUCGAACACAUUUGAAAGUACCGCCAACCCCGCAACGACGUAGUUCAACGACCAAUGUUUCAUUGCCACUCGUUACAAAGAUACGGCACACAGCUGAUUAUUCGAGCAUAUUCGGUGGUGUGGAGAACAACAUACAUUUGCAGCGGAACAUAUAACAAUAAUUAGAAUUAUUUAAACUAUUGUUAUUUGCGUGAUUUUGGUUCUUUUAGUUUUCUUUAUCAAUAACUUGACGUCUUUGCGGCUCAUUUUCGAAAAGGACUCGAGCUUUCGCCGCACUUACUUGCAGAACGAAAAACAAGGAAGCAUCCACUUUUAAUAUCAAUUAUAAUGGAUAUACUAAAGAAAAUGUUCAAUUCGGAAUCGGAGAAGGGGCAGGAUGCUUCGGCUUGCAACAAGGAUGAGUUCCGCAAGCCGCAAUGGUUUGAGGAGGCCGAAACCGACGAUGAACUUUUUGAUGACGAUCGCAAAUUCGCUUUUCAAGUCUUCACGAGCCCCUUGGAGAUGCAAAAGCACUUCGAGAGCCAACUGCAAAGAUUGUUGGAAUCUUUGAAUGAUAACGACGAGAGUGGUGCUGUUUUUGAAAAGGAUUUGAAGGAGGAUUUUAUGAAGCCUGGAUUUGAAAGCAAGAUAUUAAAAGAAUUUGCUAAGCAAAAGCGAGACUAUUCGCUUGAUACUGAUUUGGAUGGCGAAAUCUAUGCUGAUCAACUGUAUUCGCUUAUACAACGUUUAAACCCCGAAGAGAAUGAGAAACAGGGGCAGGAGAGCAAGAUUUUGCCAUCAAAUCAGCGGAGCAACCGGAAAUCCUUGCCUCGGCUCUCCGACGAGGAAACUAUUAUGGGUCGCAUUCAUGGCACAAUUAGUGCCGAAGGAGAAGUUCAGGGUGGCAAGGGUCAGUCGCGGACCCCGCCAACCAAACCGGACAUUAUGACUCCGAUAACACCCAUGUUGCCACGUAGCGGCAUGACUCCUUUUGGUGGAGUAUUCGAUGGCAGCUAUCAGGGUCCGAAAAUGUUCAGUCAAAGUGUUAUGACCAAGACGGUGCGGAGGCCAGAUGGCUCGUUUGAGACCACCAAGAUCACUACAGAUUCGUCUGGAAACAAGACCACUACCGUAACGCGCGUGGUGGAUGGGAAAAAGGAAACUGUGGUAACUCACAGCGAUGCUGGCGGGAACAGUUCGACUGUAAAAGCGCCCGAGGGUAAGGCUACUAUUGGUGUGCGUCAGUACUCGGAUCGCAACAUUUUUGUAACAAAAGAAGGUUAUGCCAUGCCACGGAACCUCUGGUGACCAGUGGUGAACAAUUAUUGCCCUAAACAAGAUAAGCGAACAUUGCUUCUGCACCAGCGGCAACAACAACAACAGUAUGAAAUUAAGCUAAAACGAUUCGUCGGCUAUUCAGUCCCACACAACAUCCAAAUUAGAACUUAUUACAUUUUAGUUUACAUUCUCUUAA